CCACGUGGAUUUUGUGGCUGGGAGGAAGGAGGAGGACAGCGUGGAUGAUAUGCGAGCUCCAGAAACAGACAGUCCUUUCCUUCCUUCUUUUCCCCGCUCACUCUCAUUACCGCCAUAGCCACUUGAUAAAUCAGAGAGCUCCAAGACAAAAUGCCCUUAGGAGCAGCACCAGCAGCAGUUUCGUUUCCACGCCUGCAAUCCCCAUUCCUAUGCUGCCCUCUCAAAUCCCCGUGUUUGUCUCCUUUCAAGUCCGCGAGAAGCUUCACCUUUCAAUCCCCCCGGCGACCGUCGUCGACGCCUUAUCCCCGCGUUAGAGCCGCUGAUCUCGACGCCAACACGAUUACAGCAUUAUCCGUUGGGCUAGUGAGCGUGGCAGUGGGAAUUGGCAUUCCAGUGUUCUACGAAUCCCAAAUUAAUAAUGCUUCAAAGAGGGACAACACUCAGCCUUGUUUCCCCUGUAGUGGCUCUGGUGCCCAGAGAUGCAGAUUUUGUGAGGGAAGUGGUUCGGUGACGGUGGACCUAGGAGGGGGUGAGAAAGAAGUGUCUCCAUGCAUCAACUGUGAUAGUGCUGGUUCUUUGACUUGCACCACAUGCCAAGGCUCCGGGAUUCAGCCUCGAUACCUUGAUCGAAGGGAAUUCAAAGACGAUGACUGAUUUACUACGUUACAUUUGAUUCCAAGAACUCGAUACGUUCUGGUCCCAACUCAGAACAUAUGGAAGAGAAGAUCCAACAGUUCUUUUUACCAGUCUUCCUGUAACCUUGCAUCAGUGUGCCUCCCGCAACAACUCUUUUUAUAGAGCUUUUUUUGUAUAAUUCUGUACUCUUGUUACACUGUUGAUACUGUACAAUUUUCGUUCUUGUUGCGACCAAAUUGUAUAAAGUGAUGUUCAUGAUCCGUACUAUGCUUGGCUCUAAGUUAAGAACACAAGGUUUGGUGGCAAUUCAUAUCCAUACUAAUCAAUGCAGAAAACCAGAGGACAAAAACAAGAAAAGAGCAAGUGAAGUAGAAAAACUCAAAAUCGGGGACAGAUUGACAGAAUGAAUAUGCAUAAACGUU